CGCCCACCUGGAAACCUUGCCUAACGUGGUGAUGCCAUCCGUGUUGGCCUCCUCUCGGAGAUGAUCGAUCUCACCGGAAUAUUUUAUCGAUCACUCUAGCUCACCGGAGCAGCAUAAAUACCCGGCUUAGCUAGCCUUGCGCUAAUCGGGAUCCAUUUCGGAGUCAGUUGAAGUAAUCGGUGAGAGAGUGUGUGUGAUAGUUUGUCCAAGCAGCCGAAGUAGCUAGCUAGUGAGCAUGGAGCACCAGGGGCAGCACGGUGGCCACGCGACCGGCCGCGUCGACGAGUACGGCAACCCGGUCGCCGCCGGGCACGGCACCGCCACCGGGAUGGGCGCCGGCCAUGUCCAGGCGCCGGCGAGGGAGGACAGGAAGACCGACGGCGUGCUCCGCCGCUCCGGCAGCUCCAGCUCCAGCUCGUCGGAGGACGACGGCAUGGGAGGGAGGAGGAAGAAGGGCAUCAAGGAGAAGAUCAAGGAGAAGCUCCCCGGCGGCAACAAGGGCGAGCAGCAGACGAUGGGCGGCACCGGCGCCGGCGCCACCGGCGCACACGGCACCACCACCACAACCACAGAGACCGGCGAGAAGAAGGGCGUCAUGGACAAGAUCAAGGAGAAGCUCCCCGGCCAGCACUGAUCAGCUGCUGCAAUGCUGCCGCUCAUGUGUUCGAUCAAAUGACUCCACGACGAACGUCUCUCCCUGCUUUCUGAAGCAGAAUAAUGUAUACGUCCUGGGCUGCAGGAUCUGCUUGUCGUCCCGUUGAAGAAUAAAAAUGUUGGUGUGCGUCGAUCCCACGGCAUCUGCGCGUCCAUGUAAUGUAUGUACGUAUAAUACCGUUGUGCUUGUGAUGUAGUACAUGAUGUCCAUGUCAAUUUUCGAUUACUAUUUGGCUGAAAUUAUAUACCGAAAACACCUGCGUGAAUGUACUGUGUGCAUCCUGACAACAAGGGGCCUCUGCCUGAUCGUGAAA